AUGGCAGUCGAUCUAGAUCAAUAUUUAAAGCCUGGUAAAGAUCAUUAUAUAGCGUUAGGCCUUGAAGGAUCAGCAAAUAAGUUGGGUGUAGGAGUUAUAAAACACCCAAAGGGACAAUUAUCUGCCCUGAAUCGAGCUGAAGUAUUAUCCAACAUUAGGGAUACUUACAUAACACCGCCUGGAGAGGGGUUCUUACCACGGGAUACGGCAAGACACCACCGUAACUGGGUUGUGCGAGUCAUUAAGAGAGCUUUAGCUACUGCAAACAUUAGAGGUACCGAUAUUGAUGUCAUUUGCUUCACUCAAGGUCCAGGAAUGGGGGCACCAUUGCAGAGUGUUGUGAUGGCAGCCAGGACAUUGGCACAGUUAUGGGAUUUGCCAUUAGUUGGAGUCAAUCAUUGUGUCGGACAUAUUGAAAUGGGACGUGAAAUUACUGGGGCCAAUAACCCUGUUGUGUUAUACGUCAGUGGUGGAAAUACUCAAGUCAUUGCUUAUUCGAAACAGCGAUAUAGAAUCUUUGGCGAAACUUUGGACAUUGCGAUUGGUAAUUGUCUUGAUCGGUUUGCAAGAACUUUGAAAAUCCCUAAUGAGCCAGCACCAGGGUAUAAUAUAGAGCAAUUGGCUAAAAUGGGUAAACAUUUGGUCAACUUACCCUAUACUGUCAAAGGUAUGGAUUUAUCCAUGUCGGGGAUAUUAGCCUAUAUCGAUGGAGUAGCUAAAGAUCUAUUUAAUGGGAAGCAAAGCAAGAAUCUUAUUGAUGAAGAAACUGGCGAACCAAUCACGGCUGAAGAUUUAUGCUUUUCAUUACAAGAAAUCUUGUUCAGUAUGUUGGUUGAAAUAACGGAACGUGCGUUGGCCCACGUGGAUAGUAAUCAGGUGUUGAUUGUUGGCGGUGUUGGUUCAAAUGAACGAUUACAAGAAAUGAUGAAGUUGAUGAUUGAAGACCGUAAAAAUGGACAAAUAUUUGCCACCGAUGAACGGUUCUGUAUUGAUAACGGUAUCAUGAUUGCUCAUGCCGGUUUGUUGCAGUACAGAAUGGGACAAACGAACGAACUCGUGGAUACUGUAUGCACCCAGAGAUUUAGAACCGACGAAGUGUUUGUCAAAUGGAGAGACGAUUGA